CGACUGAGUCUGAGGCUGCUUAUUUCUAUACCUUAAGUAGUGCUCUUCGACAUUGCUCAUUGUUGUGUUCAAUUCGAUAGGAUGGAAUCUAAUCAUCGUCGGCAUCUGAUGGACCGAUUGAACAAAAGCCGUAUCUUAUAACCUGUUAUUCCACGAAAGUUCUUCUGUAAUACCCGUUGUCUACGAUUUUCAAUGCGCAAUUCGCCGAUGUUUGUAAGAUGUGACUAGAAUUUGCUACAGAAUAAGUGUAAAUGCGAAUAUCAAAAACAGAAGAUGGCCAACGAUAGAUCGUGAAAUAGGGUGGUACAAGGCAACGGUGGGCGUUCGCGCACAUGAAACGGUAUAGCAGACUCGAUCGGACGGCAAGAUGGUGAUCAGUGCAACGAACAAGAUGUUUUUGCUGACAUUCGUGCUGUUUGUUCUGUGCGUGGUUCUGUUCUUCGUGUUAGUAUCCCUACGGAGGAACGAAAAAACCCUUCAGUGGGACAAUUUUAUACGACGCGGCCAAACCAGGAGAACCGAUAACGGCGACACCAACCAUUGGUACUACGUGAUAAGGGAUCUUGACAAAAUCCGCACCCUAGCGGACAUACGCCAUAUUGAACGCUCGUCCCGGUUGGAGGUUACCCAUUCCGGUUUCGUAGUGCACGGAAUAGACUAUGAAAUCGCAUUCGAUCGUGUACCAUCAUCAUCACUCGAGCCGACAUCGAGCGCACAGGACGACGACUACAUUCUCACGCUAGUCAAGCGAAAGAUCUAUCCCUGGGACAUGAAGGUCAAACCCGGUGCUACGGACAUGGGUUGAUGUGUUGCAAGCAAGUGAUUUAUACGCGAUUAUUCCAGACAGUCGUGAUCAAACGUUGCAGUUACCAGUUUAUCAACUACUGAUGAGAAAAGGUUCAUUUAUUGGCUGAAAUUUGCCUACGCUUUUAUUAAUUACGCUUAACCGUGUAACCGACGAUUUAUGGACAAGUGAAUUCAGUGAAACGGGAUGUGAUAAAACAGCAUAGAUUUACUUAAUCCAUGUAUUAUGAACUACUUUAUUGGUAAUCUGUACUUUAGGAUUAU